CGUUCUGUUCACCACAUCCCUCAGCAUGGCGCAUACGAUCGCGUACGGUAGAGUCGAGAUGAGUUUCGUGCGUAAAACUGCAGUGCUAUUUGUUCUUGCCGUAUUUUGUUUCGAUAAUUCGGUUGGAAUGCAGGGAACGUGUACUACACCAGAAGAGCGCUGUGUACCGCUUAAGUAUUGCUCAAUUUACGGUACCCAAUCAAAUUCACUAGGAUUAAGCUCACGGCGCUCGAUUAGGAAUGAGCCCGAAAACAGAACACUUUGCACACCGGAACUGGCGAUCAACGAUGGUGAGCAUGUCUGUUGUUCAACGCGGCAUAUCAAGUGCAGGUUAAAUGGUAAGCUGGGGGUUUGUACGCCCCAACCCUUUUGCCCAACGUUGAAUUUGACAACGGAGAAGGAGUUAAUGAAAAAAGCCGGAAUCAAUCAUUGCUACCAAUACAAUACGCAGAAUUACUUCUGCUGCACCGAUCAUAACUGUGUGUAUGUUCCUGGAAGUUGUAAUGACCCGAAGGCAAACACAACUCGCUCUCCAUCAAUUUUCCCAAAGUGUGAAAAACAUGGUGGCCGCAAAAAGGGAUAUUUCAUACCGAAAGAGAUGUGUGACGGUAGUCGUCUAGCCGCUAAACAGAAGCAAUGCUGUGUGCCACCGGGAGAAGAUCGACCUAUUGGACACCCCAAGGCCGGUAAGCUGGCGCGGAUGCGUUGCGGUAAAAGUGGAUUGCCCAAAGUUGCAAACGGAGAGUAUGCAGUGCGUGGUGAAUUCCCAUGGAUGGUGGCAUUGGUUUAUGGCAAACAGGGUGUACAAUGUGGUGGCACGCUGAUUCAUCCCUCCUACGUUCUGACAGCGGGACACUGCGUCACCCCAACGUUAACACGGGCCCGUCUCGGUACAACGAACAUGAUCGAUCGCGCAACUAAUAAUUCUACGGUGCAGGAGAUAACGAUCGGUACGAGAAAUCGUCAUCCGACUAAAGACAUUGCUGUGUUACAACUAGUACGUAAAGCCACGAUUGUGAAUGGGGUUGUGGCACCGAUAUGCCUACCGGUCACCGCAAAGGAGCUCAUGUACAUCCCCAAGACCAUGGAAAUUGCCGGAUGGGGAAUGACGGAAAACGACGUUCUCUCGGCGGUACUGCUAAAGGCAGAGAUUUCCGUUGAGCUCAAUAAAAAGUAUUGUGUCAAGGAUGAUCAGGUAUGCACGACGAAGGAUGUCACCAGCAUGCACUGCAGAGGGGAUUCCGGUGGACCGUACCAGGCUGCGUUUAAUGCAACCUAUGUUCAGUACGCAGUCAUUUCCAUUGGAAGAAAAACAUGUUCGGAUGAAAAUGUUCCAGGCCGAGGUAUAAUGAUAGCAUAUCACAUUAAGUGGAUUCUGGAUCAAAUGGAUAUAUAAGCCUUGUAAAUAUGUGUA